AUGCUACAAGAAUUAAGUGAAGAUUUAAAAAAAGAAUUAGGGUAGAGCAUAACCUCUAAGUUAAAAAAUUAUGGAUAAUUUGAGUUUGAGGGAAGCACUAUAAUAGUUGAGUAUUUAUAACAUUUGUGGUUUCAAGCUAAACUUAUGAUAGUUCAUUAGUUUUACAUUCCAAAAUCUUCCUAAUUAUAUUCAAUCAAAGAAUCUCCAAACUUUUAGGAAUUUCUUUCGCAGAUUCAAGCAUUUAAGGUGACUUAAGAUAAUGAUUCUUUUACUGUUUCAUUUUUAAUCGAAUUAAAACAUGAUUACAGCUUGAAAAAGGAUACUUUUGUUGAGCAGCUGACUAAAUUAAAGAUUGAAAAACCUCAUGAACUUAGAAGUGCUAUUUCUAAUUCUAUGAAUAAAUAUUAAAAACAUUAUGCUAACAUUAUUAAUAAUAUGCCAUUUAACAACAAAUUAGAUGAUGUAUUUAAAAGUGAUUAAGCUGUUAUAUUUUUGGCUAAAAACUGUUUGUAAGUCCAUGAAAAUUAGUUACUUCCUCAUGCUAAAAUUGAGAAAAAAGUCUACUUUAACUAGCCAAAAUGUGAAGAAAAAAUAGAAUAUAAUUAAGUUAGUGGCAAUAUUUUUUCUCAACUUUAAAAACAAAAUAAGAUUGAGUAAUUUAAAUUGGAAUCUAUUAUUAACUCAAUUUAAGCAUAUAAAUACUUUACCUUUUACUAGCAUAAAUUCCUUUUGGUUUACUAUACUACUUUCUUGUAAGUCAUUGAGAAAUAGGAGGAGGGCAUUUUAAUACAUUAGAUCGAUGAUACAAUUAUAUAGUAAAGUGCAUUAUUUGCAGUCACAUAGUAGGAUGAGCAUAUCUUAAUUAAUAUUGAAGGUGAUAGUAUGUAAUCAUAUCCAUAAAUGACUCAUCUACUUGGAAAAUAAUUAGUAAAUAUAAUGGAAACAACACAGUUUAUGAAUAUUUUUACUGAAACAAUUGUUCAUCAAAACAUUAAUUCAAAUAUAGAAGUAUAGGAGCUAUCUAAUAAAUUUAAAUUGGGCUCUGUCCUCUUAUAUAGGAAUAAAUUUUUUACUAAUUAAGCCUGUGUUUACUUGGGAAGUGAUUUAGUUAUUACAGUCAUUUUGGAUCAUGAAGAUUAAGUUUAAAAAGAUAAUUAAAAUUAAUAACCUAUCUCUGAUGAACAACAAUAAAUGAAAGAGAAUUAAAUGGAAACAGAAGAGUAAAAACAAAAUAAUGAAGAAUAAUAAAUUUUCUAAUUUUCUAGAUUUGAUCAAUUUAUUUAAGGUCAAAAAACAAUUGAAGAAAUAAGAUUUAAAUUUUAACCAUAUGAUAAAUAAGAACUUUUCGAAAAGGCCUUAUAAAUGAAUAAAUCAUCCUUUUUGUUUAACAUUUAUAAAUAAAAUAGCGAACAUUUAGCUUUUGAACUUGCUUCUGGUUUUAGGUUUUCACCAUAACAGAAACACAUUAUUAACAAAAUAGGAGAAGUUGUUUAAAAUAUAUUUUUUUCUAAGUGA